AUGUUGCAUUACAACGUUAUCAGAUAUCUUUUCAGGGAGCACGGAUCAACGCCCAUAGAAAUGUACUCGCUGCAUGCUCAAAUUAUUUCAAAGCCAUGUUUACAAACGACACGGCUGAAAAGCACGUCCGAGAACCUACGAAACGUGAUCAAUGUGGAAGCCUCUACUCUUGCUGCUCUCGUAAAGUUCUGUUACUCAGGAAAGAUCAUGAUCACAGAGGAUAAUUCACUGAGUAUUCUGGCCGCAGCAUGCUAUUGUUUUCAAUUGGAGGAAGUUCAGGUUUGUAAGACGGUAAAACUAAUUUGCUGA